GCCGCGGCGCCGCCCCCCCCCCACCGCCUCCCUUCCGCGGCGCCGCCAAUCCGCGCCCGCCCGCGUCACUCCGAGGGCGAGGGCAGGCGGAGAAAAAAAAAAAAAAAAAAGAAAGUUUGGUGAGGAGCGAGCGGGGCCGCGGGCAGAUUUGAUUAUCACAGUGAGGCAGUACGUCUUGGAUUCAAAGCAGCAAGAGAAAUCUCAGGAAGUUCUUCAAGCUUACUGAAAUCUCAUCAGUCUGGUGUGUAGAAGGGAAAAUGGCUCAAGAAACCAACCGUAGCCAAGUGCCUAUGCUUUGUUCCACUGGUUGCGGCUUUUAUGGGAACCCUCGUACAAAUGGCAUGUGUUCAGUGUGCUACAAAGAACAUCUUCAAAGGCAGAACAGUAAUGGUAGAAUUAGUCCUCCUGCAACUUCUGUCAGUAGUAUAACUGAGUCCUUACCAGUUCAAUGCACAGAAGGCAGUGCCCAGGAAACUCAGUCAACUUUAGAUUCUACAUCAACUCCAUCUAUGCAGCCAAGCCCUGUGUCAAGUCAGUCACUUUUAACAGAAUCUGUAGCGUCAUCCCAACCGGAUAGUACGGCUGUGGACAAAACAGUACCUGAGACAGAAGAUUUGCAAGCUUCAGUGUCAGAGAACGCAGAGCCUACACCUGAAGAACAAGACAAGUCACUUGACAAACCAAAACAGAAAAAGAAUCGCUGUUUCAUGUGCAGGAAGAAGGUUGGACUUACCGGGUUUGAGUGUCGGUGUGGAAACGUUUACUGUGGUAUGCACCGCUAUUCAGAUGUACACAGUUGCUCUUACAAUUAUAAAGCUGAUGCUGCUGAGAAAAUCAGAAAAGAGAAUCCUGUAGUUGUUGGGGAAAAGAUCCAGAAGAUCUGAACUGCUGCUUCUGCUGGAAUACAAAAUCCUUUGACCAUCUGCAGAUUAAAUUGACUUGAGCUUUUUUCCUUAGUCAUCAGGAAUGUAGAGCAGUGUAUCUUGCCUAGACCUUUUAAUCAUGCAUGUCAUCAGAUGAAUAGAUUUUGUUUUUGUUUUUUUUUUUUUUUUGAAAAUGACUGAACAUUUAUUUUCAUUGCAGUUUUCUGUGGCUGAAGACAUAAGUAAAACUUUACAAGUAUUAUCCUUUAAGAUCAUUUUAAUUUUAGUUGAGUGCAGAGGGCUUUUAUAACAAACAUGGAGAAAAUAUUGGAGGGCUGUGCUUUUCCAGGUUUAAACAUGCAUGCGUUAACUUUGCAGUUUAUUUUCUUGUUGUAUAUAGCUUUUCUCUGCAGCACAAUUUCCUUUUUUUGAUAAUGCCUUGUAUGGCACAACUAGUUAUCAGUAACUGAAUGUAUUUUAAUCAUUAUGGCUGCUUCUGUUUUUUUCCCCAUUAACGAGAGGUUAUACAUGUUCGCAUAUUAGCUUGUUUGCACCCUCUACCUAUUUAUGUAUGAAUCAUUUGUAAUGAGAGUGUGUGCUGAGAUUGUGUGUUUUUUUUUUUAAAUUGGUUUUUGUUUUUGUGUGUAUGGGGGGAAGGCUGUAUGCACAUCACUGACUGCAGGUUUCAUUGGGAUUACAUCCAUCAGUUUGUCUGUACACAAAUAUGAAGAAUGAUCUGAAGUACCUGUGCUGUAUUUAUGUUUAUCCACGUCUUAACUUUGAUUAAAUAAAAUUAAAAAAAAAGAGCCCCUGUGGCUGUCACUA